AUGAAGGCCAGAACACUCAUCAUCGCGCUUCUCGCCGCUACUGAAGCAACCGACAUCCCCAGCACCGGAACCACCUCGCUGAGGGAAGACGCAGCCAAGAAAGACAUUUUCAUCGGAUCCGGGGCCAUCAAUCCGACCUACCUCGAUGAUCUUCAGUUCGCGGCCGUCCUUGCCGAACAGUUCAACAGCCUCUCUCCCGAAAAUGAGUUGAAGUGGGUGUUCGUUAACCCGACCAAAGGACACUACGACUGGGACUCGCUCGACCGCCUCGUUGCCUUCGCGGCAGACAACGAUAUGGUGGUUAAGGGACAUGGGCUCAUCUCGGGCUGCUGUAAUCCCGACUACAUUCUCAACAUCACCGACCCUACAGCCCUUCGUGCUGCAAUGACGGCUCAUUUCGAGGCGGUCAUGCACCGAUACGACGGCAAGAUGGAUCGGUGGGACGUCGUCAGUGAAGCCCUAGAAACGCAGGGCGGCGGCCUACUCGCCAGCGUCUUCUACAACGUACUUGGUUCCGGCUACAUCGCAGAUGCCUUCCGUAUCGCCCGGGCAGCAGAUCCGGACGCCAAGCUCUUUAUUAAUGAGAAUAUGGUCGAGUCACUCCCCGGCAAACGUCAGGAACUCUACGAUUUAGUAUCCGGACUCGUGGCGGAUGGUGUCCCGAUUGACGGAGUUGCCCUGCAGAUGCAUAUCACCGAAGUAGCCCUAAUACCGGGUGUAAUCACGGAGAUAGUCGAAUCCUACAAGGCCCUGGGACUGGAAGUGACGAUCGCUGAAUUGGAUGUCCACACGCUCAACGCCACACUUCAAAGCGAAAUCUACGGCGCCGUCGUCGAAGAGGCUCUAAACGCGGGAAUCACCGACAUUAGCUUCUGGGGCUUCACGGAUAAACACGCCUUCACCUGGCUGCCGGGCGCGAAGCCAUUGAUGUUUGACGAGGACUACAACCCCAAGGGUGCCUUCUACGCUACUCACACUGCCCUAGCGAACUUCGUCAGCGCGCCCUAG